ACUACUAACAUUGCACACAUGCCUAUGAUUUGCACUGCUUACAGCUGCUCAAAUCAAUCAAAUUUGGGGGGAGAAAAGGGCCACUCAAAGUCCCAAAAAUAGUAGAACAUAGAGGGGAGGAGAAAAAACUGAGAAACAGCAGCAGAUGUGGAUCAAAAACCUCCAUCUUCAGUCUGGAGGAGCAGAGUCAGCUGAUGUCAAAGGUGAGCUAGUCGCACCACCCUCAGCUCUACGCAGCGUCUCCCCCUCCCACCUCCCUCUUCCUCAGCCUAAUCCCCUCUUCCUCUGCUUCACCCUUUCCUCCCACUUCUUGUGGGAACUACACGCCAUCAUGUCUCUCUUGGCCUCUCCCACCCACGUCCUCCUCCUGCUCCUCCUCUUCUUCCUCCCCCUGCCUCCUUGCCAGUCAGAGUCCCAGCGCACUGACCCCAGCAGCGGCACUGAACUCCCCCGGGUGGUCUCACCCUCCAUGUUUCCUUCCUCCUUCCCACCUUCCAUGUCUUCUGGAAACAACACCGCAACUGGCAAAAAUCUGAAGUGUGAGGAAGUGUCGGUGUGUAGGCCAGGCAUCCUGCUGCCCGUCUGGCAGCCCAACCGGCCCGGGCUCGGCGACCAGGUGGCCAGGGCUGUGGUCUACUUUGUGUCCCUCAUGUACAUGUUCCUGGGAGUGUCCAUCAUUGCAGACCGCUUCAUGGCAUCCAUAGAGGUCAUCACGUCACAGGAGAAGGAGGUGACUAUCACGAUGCCUAAUGGGGAAACAUCAGUGGCAACGGUUCGAAUCUGGAAUGAAACAGUCUCCAAUCUGACACUCAUGGCUCUCGGCUCCAGCGCUCCAGAGAUACUGCUGUCUGUUAUAGAGGUGUGCGGUCACGACUUCAAGGCUGGUGAGCUGGGACCAGGAACCAUCGUCGGCAGCGCCGCCUUCAACAUGUUUGUGAUCAUUGGGAUCUGCGUGUGGACGAUCCCCGAAGGCGAGACCCGCAAGAUCAAACACCUCAGGGUGUUCUUCAUCACCGCCUUCUGGAGCAUCUUCGCCUACAUCUGGCUCUACCUCAUCCUUUCUGUCAUGUCGCCGGGCGUGGUGGAGGUGUGGGAGGCCCUGGUGACCCUGCUGUACUUCCCAGUCUGUGUCAUCCUGGCUUGGAUCGCCGAUCGCCGCCUGCUCUUCUACAAGUACAUGGGCAAGCGCUACCGUGCCGACAAGCGCCACGGCAUCGUCGUGGAGACGGAGGGAGACUUGACGCCCAACAAGGGCGGCAUGGAGAUGAUCAUAGAUGGCAAAUUCCCAUCACGAGGGGGCGCCGUGGUCCCCGCCGAGAACUGUGGAGGUGGAACUCAGGAUGGCCCAGCGGGCGCUGCAGCCAAUAACAUCGGCGCAGGGGCUAACCUGCCCAACUCCAACAGCGCAAUGGUCAAUGUGGAGAGCAGCAAGGAGCUGGAUGAAAGCCGCAAAGAGGUGAUUCGUAUCCUGAAGGAGCUGAAGCAGAAAUAUCCUGACAAGGAGCUGGACCAGCUGGUGGAGCUGGCCAACUACUACGCACUGCUGCACCAACAGAAGAGCAGAGCUUUCUAUCGUAUACAGGCAACUCGAAUGAUGAUCGGAGCUGGAAACGUCCUGAAGAAGCACGCAGCCGACCACGCUCGCCGCACAGCUGUAACUGACGAGGAAGCACCAGAGGAAGAGGACAUGGGGAUAUGCAGCCGCAUCUCAUUCGAAAGCGCCCACAGUCAGUGCAUGGAGAACUGUGGCACUCUCACACUGACUGUAGUCUGCCAAGGCGGUCUGGGAGAGAACACCUUCUAUGUGGACUACAGGACAGAGGACGGUUCAGCCAACGCUGGGUCGGAUUACGAGUACAGCGAAGGAACACUGGUGUUCAAACCUGGAGAGACUCACAAAGAGAUUAAGGUCGGUAUCAUCGACGACGACAUAUUCGAAGAGGACGAGCAUUUCUUUGUGCGCCUGCUGAAUCUGCGUGUUGGCGACGCAGAAGGGAUGUUUGAGAGCGAUGAAGUGGGUGCUGCCCCGAAAGCUCGCUUGGUUGAGCCCCUGGUUGCUACAGUGACCAUCCUGGAUGAUGACCACGCUGGCAUCUUCACGUUCAGCGAGCGCAUGGUGCGGGUGAGCGAGAGCGUGGGCACCAUGGAAGUGACAGUGGUGCGCAACUCAGGUGCCCGUGGCACCGUCAUCCUGCCGUACCACACCGAGUCAGGCACCGCCAAGGCUGGGCAAGACUUUGAGGACGCCCGAGGAGAGCUGGAGUUCACCAACGAUCAGACCACUCAGACGUUCCAGGUGAGGAUAAUUGAUGAUGAAGAAUAUGAAAAACAUGAAAACUUCUUCAUUGUGUUGGAGGAGCCACGCUGGCUUAAGAGAGGAAUCUCAGCUCUGCUGCUCAACCAAGAGGGGGCAGAGGGGCAGAUGAGUGCUGAGGAGGAGGAGGCCCGCAGGAUAGCUGAGAUGGGGAAGCCCAUCUUGGGAGAGCACAGCCGCCUGGAGGUCGUCAUCGAGGAGUCGUAUGAGUUCAAGGUGCAGCAUUCUUUUAUUUAUUUUCCUUACAUGUUUUCCUUUGAAGGAACAGGACCCUCUUUGUGUUUUUUUUGCUGUAAAAAAGGCAAUUUAUUCCAGAAAUGGGUUUUGCUUUUUUUAAUUAUUAUUAUUUUUGUUUCAGUUAUUUUACUGUCCUUAAGAUAA